AUGCCAUCACCUUCAUCAUCAUCAGUCCUGGCGUCCACAGAAAAAAACCUCAUUCUUUCCAACCCAAGUCAUCAGAUAUCAGAUAUCAGAGGGGGGUACCAUCAAAACACCCUACCUUCAAUCAAGUUUUCAAAGCCUCUCCUCAGCCAACUCCUCCCUCACAAUCAUCCCCCCAAGCCCAUCACCAUCCUCCGCAUCCGCAUCCGCAUCCCCUCCUCGGUCCGGGACCUCCUCUCCCUCCCGCCUCUCGAGGACGAAACACCGCUCGGCAAACACCCCGCGCGCAUUCGCCGCCCUCCACGCCGCGUCCAGCCUGCGCACCAUGAUCCUCCUCCACCCGCCGACGUUGAUCGUGAUCCGCUCCCACGACGCCGUCGUCGCCGCCGUCGCCGCCGCCUUCCCUUCUUCCAGCUGUUUCCGCCUCCGCGUCUGCACCAACACCCGGAACAUCCUCACCGCCUGCGCGUAGUCGGCGUCCUCGCCGCCGCCGCCCUCCGCCUCCUCCGGGUCGACGACGGUCUGCACAUGCAGCGUCAGCCACCUCAGGCGCGCGAACCCGCCGCCCAGCGCGCGCAGGAACCCGCCCGCGUCGUCGCACACCGCGACGUCGAGGUCGAGCUCGAGGCGGCGCAGGGACCUCAGCUCCCGCGACAGCAGCGCCACUUGGCCCGCGCCGAGCGUCGGGCACCGCCCGCCGUCCUCGCCGCCGGCGUCCUCGCCGAAGCCGACGUGGUCCCGCAGCGCGAGCUCGCGCAGCGCGGGCGCGUGCCGCAGCACGGCGUCGAGCGGGAACAGGCGCGUGUGGCAGCGCAGGUCGAGGACCUCGAGCUGCGCGGCGGGGACGUGGUGCGCCACGAGCGCGUGCAGGCGGCGCGUGGCCUCGCGGCGGCGGCCGGUGCCCCCGGGCAGGUGCGCGCUGUAGUCCUCGGCGCGCAGGACGCGCAGGCCCGCCAGGGCCGUGGGGCUGACGGACGCGAAGAAGGGGAAGAGCGGGACCGAGAGCAGCUGCAGGUCGGCGAGGCGCGACAGGUCCCAGUGGCGCGCGACGUCGCGGCGCGUGUGCUGCCAGUUGUAGUGCCGCAGGGUCAGCGCCGUGAGCGGGGGCAGGCGGCGGCCGUCGUCGGCGGGCGACGAGAAGGCGAACUGCGUGCCCUGACCCCAGCCGCGGUAGCUGAAGGCCGUGAGCCGGCGGGAGGAGAGCAGGAGCUCCUUCAGGGCGGCCAGCGACGUGGUGCCGAGCGGCACGUCGCGCGACAUGGUCAGCGAGACGAGGAGGUCCGCCGGCACGGACCGGAGAUAGUGGUUCUCGGCGCCGGUGCCGUGACCGCCGCCGCCGCCGUCUCGCAGGGGCAUGUCUUCUAUGUAGAGUUUCGGUCUGCCUGUCGUGCCUCGGGUGUGCCGGGCAGAGAGGACGUCGGCCGGCAGCCACAGGCUACCGGCUUGGAAGUCCCGUGUGUCGAAGCGCCAUCUGCAAACAGCAAGAAAAAGUUAGAACUACAUACGCAUGGCGGAGGUUAA